UCCGGCCGGGAAGUAGUGCUGACUAGGUACACGUGAGCGGCGGCAUGGCGGCCCACCGUUCUGGCCCUCUUAAGCAACAGAAUAAAGCUCAUAAAGGCGGGCGGCAUCGGGGUCGGGGAUCCGCGCAGCGGGACGGCAAGGGCCGUCUAGCACUGAAGGUCCUAAGCAGGAAAGUGAGAAAAGAGCUCAGCAGAGUAGACCAGAGGCAUCGCGCCAGCCAGCUCCGAAAGCAGAAGAAGGAGGCGGUUCUGGCAGAGAAAAGACAGCUCGGCAGCAAGGAUGGUCCUCCUCAUCAGGUGCUGGUAGUGCCUCUGCAUGACAGGAUUUCCUUGCCAGAGGCCUUUAGGCUGCUUCAGGAUAAGGACACUGGAACAGUACACUUGAAUGAGUGGGGAAGCACCCAUAGCUUUGUGCUGUUAUGCCCCCGCUUGAAACAUCGGUGGUAUUUCACAUCUGCAAGGCCAGGGGAUCUGCACGCUGUGUUAGACAUGGCUAAAGUGGCAGAUACCAUCCUUUUUCUCCUUGAUCCACUAGAAGGCUGGGACAGCACUGGGGAUUACUGCCUUUCCUGCCUUUUUGCCCAGGGCCUUCCUACCUAUACACUAGCUGUCCAGGGGAUUUCUGGCCUCCCACCAAGGAAACAAAUAGAUGCCAGAAAGAAGCUAAAUAAAGCAGUGGAGAAGCGCUUUCCUGAUGACAAAUUUCUCCUGUUAGACACACAACAGGAGGCACAGAUGCUGCUCAGGCAGUUGGCUAACCAAAAGCAACGACAUCUUGCCUUUCGAGAUCGACGGGCCUACAUGUUUGCUCAUGCUGCUGACUUUGUGCCUAGUGAAGAAAAUAACUUGGUGGGCACCUUGAAAAUCUCAGGCUAUAUUCGUGGACAGACUCUGAAUGUAAAUAGCUUGCUGCAUAUCAUUGGACAGGGUGAUUUCCAGAUGAAACAGAUAGAUGCUCCUAUAGACCCUUUCCUUUUAAAUCCUAGAGUGGUCAAAUCACAGGACUCUGGAGCUGCAAUGGAGAUUUGUGCUGUGGAUACUGUGGUUGAUAUGGAGGAAGACCUUAAGGUCCUAAUGAAGGCAGAUCCUGAAAGACAAGAAUCUUUGCAAACAGAGGUUAUCCCAGAUCCAAUGGAGGGGGAGCAAACCUGGCCCACAGAGGAGGAACUGAAUGAGGCAAAUGACUGCUUGAAGGAAAGUUCCAAGGUGGUAAAGAAGGUUCCCAAAGGGACAUCCAGUUACCAAGCUGAAUGGAUUUUGGAUGAGGAUGGUGAAAGUGGUGGGGAAGAUGAAUAUGAUGAUACAGAACAUGAGGAUUUUAUUGAAGAGGAAUCUCAGAAUGAGAGCAGUGAAAAGGAAGAGGAGGAAGAAUGUGAAACUAUGACUAUAGGAGAGUCUGUGCAUGAUGAUCUGUAUGAUGAGAAUGUGGAUGAAGAGGCUGAAGAAAAAAUGUUGGAGAAAUAUAAACAAGAAAGACUGCAAGAGAUGUUUCCAGAUGAAGUAGAUACCCCCCGUGACGUGGCUGCAAGAAUUCGAUUUCAGAAAUACAGAGGCCUCAAGAGCUUCCGGACAUCUCCAUGGGAUCCUAAGGAAAACCUUCCUCAAGAUUAUGCUCGGAUCUUUCAGUUUCAGAAUUUUACUAAUACUAGGAAACGCAUUUUUAAAGAAAUUGAGGAAAAAGAGGUCGAAGGAGCUGAGGUUGGCUGGUAUGUCACACUUCAUGUCUCUGAAGUCCCUGUCUCAGUGGUUGAAUACUUUAAGCGAGGGGCACCCUUGAUUGUAUUUUCUUUACUACCUCAUGAACAGAAGAUGUCAGUACUGAAUAUGGUGGUGAGCCGGCACCCUGGCAACACUGAGCCUGUGAAAGCUAAGGAGGAGCUGAUCUUCCACUGUGGGUUCAGGCGCUUCCGAGCCUCACCUUUGUUCUCUCAGCACACUGCAGCGGAUAAACAUAAAUUUCAGAGAUUCCUGACUGCUGAUGUGGCCUUGGUAGCGACAGUAUAUGGCCCAAUCACGUUUCCUCCUGCAUCUGUACUGCUUUUUAAACAGAAUAGCAAUGGAAUGCACAGCCUCAUUGCCACAGGCCAUCUGUUGUCAGUGGAUCCAGACAGAAUGGUCAUCAAGAGAGUUGUUUUGAGUGGUCAUCCUUUCAAAAUUUUUACUAAGAUGGCAGUAGUGCGCUACAUGUUCUUCAACAGAGAGGAUGUGUUGUGGUUUAAACCAGUGGAACUGAGAACAAAGUGGGGCCACAGGGGACACAUCAAGGAGCCUUUAGGUACUCAUGGCCACAUGAAGUGCAGUUUUGAUGGGAAGCUAAAAUCUCAGGACACAGUACUGAUGAACCUCUAUAAACGAGUUUUCCCCAAAUGGACUUAUGAUCCAUAUGUACCAGAACCAGUACCGUGGAUGAAAAGUGAGAUCUCUUCAACAGUGCCUGAGGUGGAUAUGGAGUAAUGGAUUCACUGGGAUUCUGUCUCAUUGCUGCUAGUUAGCACUCUAGGGAUGGGAUCCUACAGGUUGUAAUUGGACAAUGUUUGUUUUCUACUUUAGCCUAGAGGUCUGCUGCCAGUUUUUGCAAAAGGCUUUUCUUGGCCCUGAUAAGGUGUCUCAGUAAACUAUGGAUGUUU